GCAUGGCGGGGAGCCUCCCGGGACUACGCUGCGGUCUGCUUCUGCUACUCCUCUUGCCGCUGGCGUCCCCGCAGCAGCCGCCCCCGGCGCCCCCGGCCUCGCUCCAGCGGGGGAGCGUGUGGUGCCCCAGCCGCUGCCUCUGCUUCCGCACCACCGUGCGCUGCAUGCACCUCAUGCUGGAGAGCGUCCCGGCCGUGGCCCCGCAGACCUCCAUCCUAGAUCUUCGGUUCAAUCGAAUUAAAGAAAUCCAACCUGGUGCAUUUAGAAGGCUUAAAAAUUUGAACACAUUACUCCUCAACAAUAAUCAUAUUAAAAGAAUACCAACUGGAGCAUUUGAGGACCUUGAAAAUCUAAAAUAUCUCUAUUUGUACAAGAAUGAAAUCCAGUCAAUUGACAGGCAAGCAUUUAAAGGACUUGCCUCUCUAGAACAACUAUAUCUGCACUUUAACCAGAUUGAAACAUUGGAGCCAGAAUCAUUCACUCAUCUUCCCAAACUUGAAAGAUUAUUUUUACACAACAAUAGAAUUUCUCAUUUAAUUCCUGGGACAUUUAGUAAUUUGGAAUCCAUGAAACGUCUACGUCUGGAUUCCAAUGCACUUCACUGUGACUGUGAAAUAUUAUGGCUGGCAGAGCUGUUAAAAACAUACGCCGAAUCUGGCCAUGCGCAGGCUGCAGCCACAUGUGAAUAUCCAAGGAGGAUCCAGGGAAGGUCUGUGGCCACAAUAACACCAGAAGAACUUAACUGUGAGAGGCCAAGAAUUACAUCAGAGCCUCAGGAUGUGGACGUAACCUCAGGGAAUACCGUCUACUUCACUUGCAGAGCUGAAGGAAAUCCCAAACCAGAAAUCAUUUGGCUUCGCAACAAUAAUGAACUCAGUAUGAAAGCAGAUUCUCGAUUAAACUUGCUUGAUGAUGGGACUUUAAUGAUUCAGAAUACGCAAGAGACAGAUCAAGGCAUUUACCAAUGCAUGGCAAAAAAUGUAGCCGGAGAAGUUAAAACUCAAGAAGUUACUCUGCGAUACUUUGGUUCACCAGCUCGGCCAAGUUUUGUGAUUCAUCCACAAAACACAGAAGUUCUGGUUGGAGAAAGUGUCACCCUGGAAUGUAGUGCAGCUGGGCACCCCCAGCCACGCAUCACGUGGACAAAGGGUGACAGAACACCUCUGCCAAACGACCCACGGAUCACCAUCACUCCAUCAGGGGGGCUUUAUAUCCAAAACGUGGAGCAGGAAGAGGCUGGCGAAUAUACCUGCUUUGCAACCAACAGUCUCGAUAGCAUCCAUGCAACCGCCUUCAUCAUUGUGCAAGCUGUUCCUCAGUUUACUGUGACCCCUCAAGACCGAAGCGUGAUUGAAGGGCAGACUGUCGAUUUCCCUUGUGAGGCACAAGGAUAUCCACAACCAGUCAUUGCAUGGACUAAAGGAGGUAGUCAGCUGUCUGUAGAUAGAAGACACUUAGUUUUGUCUUCUGGAACUCUGAGGAUUUCCGCAGUGGCCUUACAUGAUCAAGGACAAUAUGAAUGUCAAGCUGUCAACAUUGUAGGAUCUCAAAGAGUUGCUGUCCAUCUGAAUGUACAACCAAGAGGAUGGUGUUCAGGUGACAGAAAGUGGGAAAUUCCAUGUUAACUCUGAAGGAUUUCUUACUAUUCGAGAUGUUGGCCCGGCAGAUCAAGGCCGUUAUGAAUGCGUAGCAAGGAAUACGAUUGGAUAUUCCUCGGUUAGCAUGGUACUAACUGUGAACGUUCCUGAUGUGAGUCGAACUGGAGAUCCAUUUGUAGCAAGCUCAAUUGUUGAAGCUAUUGCUACUGUUGACCGAGCAAUAAACUCCACACGCACACAUUUGUUUGAUAGUCGCCCUCGAUCGCCAAAUGAUUUACUAGCCCUAUUUCGAUACCCAAGAGAUCCUUACACUAUCGAACAAGCAAGAGCUGGAGAAAUAUUUGAAAGGACACUGCAACUAAUUCAGGAACAUGUACAAGAUGGUUUAAUGGUUGACCUUAAUGGAACAAGCUAUCACUAUAAUGAUCUGGUAUCCCCGCAGUAUUUGAAUCUGAUCGCUAACCUGUCAGGCUGCACUGCCCAUAGGCGUGUGAAUAAUUGUUCCGACAUGUGCUACCAUCAGAAAUACAGAACACACGAUGGGACGUGCAAUAAUCUCCAGCAUCCGAUGUGGGGAGCCUCCCUCACGGCCUUUGAACGACUGCUGAAAUCGGUCUAUGAAAACGGUUUCAAUUUGCCAAGGGGCAUCGGAUCUAAUCGACAUUACAACGGAUACACGCUCCCAAUGCCCCGUUUGGUAUCAACUACCUUAAUAGGGACCGAAACAAUAACUCCAGAUGACCAGUUCAGUCAUAUGCUUAUGCAGUGGGGCCAAUUCCUGGAUCAUGACCUUGACUCCACGGUGGCUGCCCUAAGCGAAGCCAGGUUUUCAGACGGUCAGCAUUGUAGUUCAGUUUGUACCAAUGACCCUCCGUGUUUCUCUAUCAUGAUCCCGCCUAAUGAUCCUCGGGUCAGAAAUGGAGCACGGUGCAUGUUUUUUGUACGUUCCAGUCCCGUGUGUGGAAGUGGCAUGACCUCCCUUCUCAUGAACUCCGUCUACCCACGAGAGCAGAUCAAUCAGUUGACCUCGUACAUUGAUGCGUCCAAUGUAUACGGCAGUUCAGAGCAUGAAGCGCAAGAGGUCAGGGACUUGGCAAGCCACCGGGGCCUCCUGAGGCAGGGUAUUGUGCAGAGAUCCGGAAAGCCUCUCCUCCCAUUUGCGACGGGCCCUCCAACAGAAUGUAUGAGGGAUGAGAACGAGAGCCCAAUUCCCUGCUUCUUAGCUGGAGACCAUCGAGCCAACGAACAGCUGGGACUCACCAGUAUGCACACACUGUGGUUUCGAGAACACAACAGGAUUGCUACUGAAUUACUGAAGCUGAACCCACAUUGGGAUGGCGAUACAAUAUAUCACGAAACACGUAAAAUCGUUGGUGCGGAGAUGCAGCAUAUAACCUACAGCCACUGGCUGCCCAAAAUCCUGGGAGUGGUGGGCUUGAAGAUGCUCGGUGAAUAUAAAGGUUAUGAUCCCAACGUUAAUUCUGGCAUAACAAACGAAUUUGCAACUGCAGCUUUUAGGUUCGGACACACCUUGAUCAACCCUGUCCUCUAUCGAUUGGACGAGAAUUUCGAGACUAUUCCGCAGGGCCACAUCUCUCUCCACAAAGCUUUCUUUUCCCCAUUCCGGAUUGUAAAUGAAGGAGGCAUCGAUCCGCUCCUUCGAGGGUUAUUUGGCACUGCCGGUAAGAUGCGUGUGACCUCUCAGCUGUUGAACACUGAACUGACGGAGAGACUGUUCUCCAUGGCACGGGCCGUAGCUCUCGAUUUGGCUGCCAUGAAUAUUCAGAGAGGGAGAGAUCACGGGAUCCCACCCUACCACGAAUUUAGAGUCUUUUGUAAUCUGUCUUCCACACACACAUUUGAAGAUCUAAAAAAUGAAAUAAAGAAUCCCGAAAUCAGAGAAAAACUCAAACG